GAUCGCUUCCCGUGCAAAAAAAUCUAGACCUCAUGUGUGCUUGUAGCUUUUCUUGAAGGAGCUGUUCUGUUUUGUGAAUGUAUAUAUUAAUCAUGCAAAUCUUCAUGGGAUCAUAAUCAUAUCAUUUCUUCUUCUGCCAUUCCAUUCUUCCGUAUUCGUAGAUAUUUCAUAGUAAUCGCUGUUUCUUAUGUCUUAAGCUGCUCUGUCAGUCCUAUUGCAUGGCUUGCUGUUACAGUCCUUGUUCUUCUUCCUCUACCACUUUCUCAGCAGCUUUAUUCAAGCAUGAAGCACAUCUCUCCAGAAAGUUAACUAAACCAACGACAACGAGGAAGACCAUCUUACUUACUCACAACCUUCCAAGUCCUCGUCCCAACAAGCAAUUUGAGCUUAAAUCUACAAAUGGGUAUUCACGAAAUGCCGUUCCUUUGCAAGACGGUUUAGCUGAGAAUUCGCCAAUGAAAGAACCCGUUGGAUCGGCAGUAGAAGAUGGGACGAUUUCUUCCUCGUACUCUGAAAAAAGCGAGUCCACCCUGAGUAUGACAGUUGUUGGAGCUUCAGGGGACCUUGCCAAGAAAAAGAUCUUUCCUGCACUUUUUGCUCUUUUCUACGAAGAUUGUCUACCUGAGCAUUUCAUAGUUUUUGGAUAUGCUCGGAGCAAGAUGACUGAUGAGGAGCUGAGGAACAUGAUAAGUAAAACUCUGACAUGCAGAAUUGACAAGAGGGAAAAUUGUGGUGACAAGAUGGAGGAGUUCUUGCAGAGAUGCUUCUACCAUUCCGGCCAGUAUGGUUCUGAGGAGAAUUUCUCAGAAUUGGACAAAAGACUGAAAGAGAAAGAGGGUGGAAGAAUUCCAAAGAGGUUAUUUUAUUUAUCAAUUCCUCCAAACAUAUUUGUGGAUGUGGUACGAUGUGCUAGUCGUUGUGCUUCUUCAGCAGAUGGAUGGACUAGGGUCAUUGUUGAAAAGCCAUUUGGUCGUGACACAGAGUCAUCUGCAGAGCUAACCAGAUGCUUGAAGCAGUAUCUAACUGAAGACCAGAUUUUCAGGAUCGAUCAUUACUUGGGGAAGGAGCUUGUUGAGAAUCUCUCGGUGCUUCGUUUCUCAAAUCUUGUUUUUGAGCCUUUAUGGUCUAGGAACUACAUCAGAAAUGUGCAAUUAAUAUUUUCUGAGGAUUUUGGAAUUGAAGGUCGAGGCGGAUACUUUGAUCACUAUGGAAUCAUCCGAGAUAUAAUGCAAAAUCAUCUCCUUCAGAUACUAGCUCUAUUUGCCAUGGAGCCACCCGUCAGCUUAGAUGCUGAGGACAUUAGAAACGAAAAGGUCAAGGUUUUACGGUCAAUGAGACCAUUAAAGAUUGAUGACAUAGUAGUUGGCCAAUAUAAAGGUCAUUCUAAGGGAGGCAAGUUUUAUCCUGCUUAUAUAGAUGACCCAACAGUACCAAAGGAUAGCAUCACUCCAACUUUUGCAGCAGCAGCACUUUUCAUUGAUAAUGCACGAUGGGAUGGGGUCCCCUUCUUGAUGAAAGCAGGCAAGGCUCUACACACUACACGAGCAGAGAUCAGAGUUCAGUUCAGGCAUGUUCCAGGCAACUUGUACAAGAGAAACUUUGGAACUGAUUUGGAUAAAGCUACUAAUGAACUAGUAAUUCGUGUGCAACCUAAUGAAGCUAUAUAUCUGAAGAUCAACAACAAGGUACCUGGCCUUGGGAUGAGAUUGGACCGUAGUGACCUGAAUCUGCUUUACAAAGCAAGGUAUCCAAGGGAAAUACCAGAUGCUUAUGAGAGGCUGCUCUUAGAUGCCAUAGAAGGUGAACGUCGGCUGUUCAUUAGAAGUGAUGAGCUUGAUGCUGCCUGGGGAAUUUUCACACCAUUGUUGAAGGAACUGGAAGAGAAGAAGAUUUCCCCGGAACUUUACCCAUAUGGCAGUAGAGGGCCAGUUGGAGCACAUUACCUUGCUGCAAAACACAAUGUUCGAUGGGGAGAUCUUAGCGGUGAAGAAUCAUGAUCUCUUGCAAUUUCACUCUAGCGGUGGACUUGAUUGUUUGUGCAUAGACAUCUUGGUUAUUUUUGAGUUUAUGUCGAUGCAUUGUACUUGUGCUAAUUUAAACAGUCGCUUCUUGUAAAAGAUGAAUUAGCAUUUUGUCUUUACAAUGAUGAUUACAAGUUUCUAGUGCGUGA